AUGACGUUAGCGCACACAUUAGCCACUGGCUACAAUCCACAGCUGGUCAGCUGGAAUGGCUUGACUUUCUGGCAGCGCUACAACAACUAUGAAUUCGGUGAUUAUGGUUUUCCCAAAACAAUGGAUUUGGUAUUCAAAUUGACGAAUGAGAUAUAUAGAUUAGCCGAUACCGGUGCUUAUUGGCAUGACAAUGGAACUUUGCUCGAUUUGCAUCAACCUGCAGCGCAAAAGCAUUUCUACAAUAUAAUUCAUGGCAACCGGGAUGCUUUGGAGCCCAAGCAGCAUCAAACCUAUUGGUUCUACUCAUUCAUGUAUCUGGCACAAGUCGAAUAUGAACAGUUUAGUAAAGUUGGCCCCCAAGUACUGCUCAAUUACGAGACAGCGCUGCGUGAUCCCAUUUUCUACACGCUCAUGAAGUAUAAAGUAUUGGACAUGUGGAAUAGAUAUAUCGUGCACUUUGCCGCAUAUACUGCCGACGAUUUGCGCAUGGUUGGCGUUGCGUUGGUCGGUGCCAAAGUGGAUCCAAUGCGCACAUUUUUCAAGUAUAUAGACAUUGAUGUGAACAACUUGUGGAGCGAAAAACUGGAAUUAAAUGAGACACGCGCUAUUUAUGCGCGACAGCAACGUCUAACACACAAGCCAUUCAGCUACACCUUAGAUAUACAAUCAGACGUUGAGGUGAAGGCCACGAUCAACGUUUAUAUUGCACCCAAAUACAACGAGCGAGCCGAACUGAUAACGCUCACACAAAAUCGCGAAAAUUUUCUAUGGCUCGAUGAAUUUGAGGCCCAAAUAAAAGUCGGCUUUAAUGCUAUAACGCAUCCAGAGUUUUUAAAGUUUCCUUUACAAAAACGCUGGUCCUUCACCGAAAUGUAUAAUGUGAUUAAUCAUCGUUUGGAAAACGGUUUGGAGUUACCUAAGGAUUUACACUUACACCAAAUGUAUUUUUCUAGACACAUGAAUAUACCGAGAGGCACGGCUGAUGGUUUUGCUGUCGUUUUAUGUUUUGUCGUUACCCCAUCGCUAAACGACGGCGAUAUGCCCCUUGGUUAUCCUUUUGAACGUGUGAUUGAACAUGAAUCUGCCUUCCAAGUACAGAAUGUGUACUUUAAAGACGCCAUUGUGUAUCAUGUAAAUCAUAACCGAAAUAUCGUGGAAUAUGUGAAGGAGAAUGCGCAGUAUGAAGAAUUCGAUUAUAAUUAUUGA